CCGGAUGAUUUGGCGAUGGUAAUUCGGAAACACGCCGACAUUUUUCCAGACGACCUACCGGUGGGUUUGCCAUCUGAGCGAGAACAUGACCACAAAAUCGAGCUGGAGCCCGGCACGCAACCUACUGUUAGGACUCAAUGGCGGCUGACUCAGCCCGAGCUGGAUGAACUUCGACGCCAGCUGGACUACCUGCUCGAAAAAGGUUUCGUUCGCCCCAGCACCUCACCGUUUGCAGCUCCAAUCAUGUUCACCCCGAAGAAAGAUGGCGGUCUAUGAAUGUGUAUUGACUACCGUGCCUU